AUGGCCCUACUGCAGAAAAACCACACCUUAAGCUCUGAGUUUAUCAUCUUGGGCUUUGGGGACCUGGCCGAACUGCAAAUCUUCUUUUUUGGACUCUUUCUAAUCAUGUAUCUCGUCACCCUAACAGGGCACACAACUAUUGUGCUCAUCACCCUCAUUGACUCCUGCCUCCAGACCCCCAUGUAUUUCUUCCUUCGCAAUCUGUCCACCACUGAAAUUUGCUAUAUAUUGGUGAUUGUCCCCAACAUGCUGGCCAAUUUCCUAUGCAGGAGCCAGCGGAUGCCCUUCCUGGGCUGUGCCUUGCAAAUGCACCUCUUCAUCGCCCUGGGUGGUGUAGGGUGUUUCCUCCUGGCCGUGAUGGCCUAUGAUCGUUUUGUGGCCAUCUGCAACCCACUGCGCUACACAGUCAUCAUCACUAGGGCCCUCUGUCUGCAGAUGCUGACUCUGGCAUGCAUCAGUGGCUUUGCACUCUCACUCACCCUGACUAUGCUGAUAUUCCUCCUGCCCUUUUGUCAGUCCCACGAGAUCAAUCAUUUCUUCUGUGACAUCCCUGCUGUGCUGUUUCUGGCCUGCUCGGACACAAGAGCCAAAGAGAUUGCAGUCUUCCUUGUCUGCAUGGUCAUCCUGUUGAUUCCCUUCUUGCUGAUUCUGCUCUCCUAUGCAUUCAUUAUUGCUGCCAUCCUCAGAAUGCACUCAGCCGAGGGAAGGAGCAAAGCCUUUUCCACCUGCGCUGGGCACCUGCUGGUCUCUGUUCUGCACGAUGGCUGCGCAAUAUUCAUCUACAUCCGCCCCAAGUCACGCUACACCCCGGAACAGGACAAAAUUGUGUCCUUAAUCUACACCAAUGUAACUCCCAUGCUCUACCCUAUGAUCUAUAGUCUGAGGAACAAGGAAGUCAAGGGUGCCCUCAGAAGACUUCUGGUCACGGCUCUUACCGUCUUGCUUAUCAUGCUAGGUGAUGAUCCCAUUUUCUACCACAAAGAGGCCCUCACAGCCAUCAGAGGGGGCACCCCUCAGUGGGAGCGGCAGAUCCUGGAGGGCAGGAACAAUAUGGAUCAUUUUUCUAGUACCCAGCCCUACUUGCUCUUUGGUCAGUGUGACUGCAAGUCACUGAGAGAAUAUGGUGACAACAGAGAAGAAUCCACUAAAGUCUCUGCCCAGGAGCACGUAGACCAGCAAAUUCCUGCUGACAGUCCAAAGCUAAUGAUGCUAUGCUGA